CUACGUGGGAUGUACGCGGAAAAUCUUGCCAUGGGGCCGGUAUUUCGUGUUCCUAUAACCAUGAUAGUUCCUGAAACUGUCAGUGAUGUUGACUUUUCCGUUGAUCAUACUUUUAACAACGUCACAACUAUACCGAUCCGUCAAUUUAUUCAUGUACCAGCAGAAGCCACCAUAUGCCGUAAGCAACUUGAAGAUGACAAAUGCUAUAGAAACAGUGAAUCGUAUAAGAUACUCGGUCCUGAUUCGCACGAAUGGACGAGGUCAUUCCCAGUUAUUGGUGAUCGCACACUCGAGGUUUGCCUUGUCCGCAGCUGGACGCGUUCUGAUGUCGAGGGCAGUGUUCGAGUCUUCACCCGAUUUUAUGGGGUGCAGAGAAAUCCCAACAUCAAUCUGAUUCAUGGUUGUCCAUAUACACCAAUUCGGUAUACAUACAAAGUCGACAAGGGCGAAUAUACUGCGCAAGUGCAGGUUCGUCAUCCUGAAACGAGCCAACUGGAGUUAUUGAUGGAUACACCUUUACUAGUGCCAAAAAUUGUGUCAGUGGUUGGUGGCUGUUUCCUUACUGGCAAUCUUGUCGUAAUGAGCGACAGUGAAUUAAAACAGGCGGAUAAGACAGCUGUCACUUAUCUGUUUACUGAGUACAGCACCAGGCCAAAUGCAAUACGAGAUACGCAAAUUGCAUGGUUGCUAAAACUGAAAGAUCCUGUUGCGGUGGAUCGACUAUACUCUGAGCUCAUUGCAAAAUAUCCAACACAUCUUCCACUUCUUCUUACAAAGAUGAAACUUCUCGUGGACAAGAAGGUAUUAAGAAUAAUUUUUCUUUGA